AUGAGUCCCCAUUUCAAGCGUCCCAACCAGGCCGCUGUGGUCGAGGCACAGGAAGCUGCGCCUGUGCUUCCAUCGGUAUCAUGGAGCAAGUCACCCAACAUGCGCAAGCUCUACUUUUACUGCAUGGUUCUUUGCGUCUGCUCGGCCACCACCGGUUACGAUGGAUCUCUCAUGAACACUUCUCAGAUUCUUAACUCAUGGAAGGAGACCAUGGACUACCCUACGGAGGAUACUUUGGGUCGCCUCAGCGCCAUGUACUCGAUCGGUUCCAUCGUUUCUCUCCCCGUUGUACCUUGGCUCAGCGAUAAGUUUGGGCGCAAAACUCCCAUCACUAUCGGUUGUGUUAUUAUGGUCAUUGCCGCCGCCGUUCAGGCCGCCUCCAUGAGCCGCCCACAAUACGAGGGUGGACGUUUCUUCAUGGGUUUCGGCAACUCCAUGGCUCAACUCUCCUGCCCUAUGCUUAUCACCGAAAUCGCGCAUCCUCAACAUCGUGCUAGGAUCACUACCAUCUACAACUGCUUGUGGAAUCUUGGUGCCCUGAUCUGUGGUUGGUUGGCUUUUGGCACACAGCACAUCCCCAACUCCUGGUCCUGGAGAAUCCCAACCCUCAUCCAAGGUGUCUUCUCCAUCAUCCAGCUCACGUUCAUCUGGUGGAUCCCUGAGUCCCCACGUUGGUUGCUGUCCAAGGACAGGAACGACGAGGCGCUCCGCAUGCUUGCCCACUACCACGCCGACGGCAACGAUAGCGAUUCUACCGUCAUGUUCGAGUAUGCUGAAAUGAAGGAGACUAUCCGCAUUGAGUUCUUGCACCAGAAGACCUCCUCCUACAUGGACUUCAUCAGGACCAAGGGUAAUCGCAAGCGACUGAUGAUGAUCGUCUCUCUCGGACUCUUCUCUCAGUGGUCUGGCAAUGCCCUCAUCAGCUACUACGCUGCUAUCAUCUACAAGGGUGCCGGUAUCACUAGCCAGACUGAUCAGCUGGGUUUGGACGCCGGAAACAAGGUCCUCUCUCUGUUUGUCUCAAUCUCAUGCGCUCUGUUGGUCGACCGUAUUGGUAGACGCCCUCUUUUCCUCGCUGCCACCGCCGGUAUGCUUCUCUUCUUGGUUUGCGCUACUAUCACUGGUGAGCAAUACGCCGUGAAAGAUACCAUUGGCAUUGGCUACGCCAACAUUGUCUUUGUCUGGCUGCACGGUGUCGCCUACGCUCUGGCCUGGUCUGGUCUUCUGGUUGCCUACACCGUCGAGAUUCUGCCCUACAAGCUCCGCGCCAAGGGUGUAUUCAUCAUGAACAUCUCCGUUCAAGUCGCCCUCACGAUCAACAACUACGUGAACCCCAUCCCCAUCUCUGAGGGUGGCGGCUGGUACGGUGAGAACUGGAAGCUGUUUGCCUGCUACUCCGGCUGGGUUCUCCUCGAAUUGAUCUGGGUUUACUACUUCUACGUCGAGACUCGUGGUCCUACUCUCGAAGAGAUUGCCCGCAUCUUUGACGGCGACGACGCAGAAGUUGCUGACAUUGACAUUGACGGCAAGGGCUUGGGCAACCGCAAUGGUAGCAUCAAGGAGGCUCAGGUCCAUAUCGAGAAGGCAUAA